AUGGCCUAUCCCGCGGUUGGGGAUUAUAAUCAGGGUGUUUGCCCGGAGACCCAUCCGGUGGCAGUGUAUUCGAUCUUCGUGGAAUUCUUCUUUAACACGAAGCCCUUUCCGGACUAUGAAAAUUGGGUGUACGCUAUGGGCGACCCCACAGGGUAUGGUCUGCAUGGAGACUUCCUCAACGGCUGGGUAGACCAGAAUGCACUGCAGAACGCUAUGGCGACAUGUACAGGCGUGGAGGGGCUGAACGAUCCGGAUUGUUCGAUCACAAACAACCAAGCAAGGGCACUCACUCCAAUCGCACAUUCUCUGGAUGUACCUCCACCGUUGGAGCAAUUGGGUCAGCAUGGGCCUCUUUCCAAACUACCAGGUAAUAAUCCAAUAACAGGAUCACGCGAGCUGCAGUGA